AUGCAUUUCACGGAGGAAGAAGCCGCGGAUGUGAAGACCUGGGUGAUUAAGCGAUUGGAGGAUAUCUCCGACGCUGAUUCCGACGUCUUAGCCGAUUAUGUCCUUGCACUUAUCCGAUCAGAUGCGCCGGACGAUGAAAUCCGUCAAGCAUCUAUUGAGAAUUUGGAAGACUUUUUGAAAGAGAAUACUGUUCAGUUCGUCAACGAGAUUUUUGCUAAAUACGGACCCAAGACUCAACCCUCUGCUCCUGCCGCCGCCCAGCCAGCUCCAGUUCACCCCGCUUCAGCUCCUGCUGCUGCUCCCUUUGGACAGCCUACAGCUUACAACCCUGCAGCUCAGAGUUUCGUGCCUCAGACUGCGGCUGCGGCUCCGGCUCAAGAUGCUUGGGGCAAUGCUCAAAACUCGCGCAAACGCACUUUCCACGAAGGCUUUCAGCAAGAUAAUCAACAGAGUGACACACAACGAGGCGGAAGGUCAUUCAAAGCCCCUCGUACACGCCGUGGUGGCGUUGGCCGCGGCGAUCGCAUGAAUGGUCGAGGAAGAGACGUUGCUCCUCUCCCUAACCAAUUUCAGCAGGGUAUACCCGGGUUUCCUCCAAUGCCGCCGGGUUUCCCUGGGUUUGAUCAGAAUGAUCCAAUGGCUGCAAUGAUGGCUUUUCAGAGCAUGGGAUUUCCUCAGAUGCCGGGUCUUCCCCCCAUGCCUGGUCAACCGGGUGCUGAUCAAGCCAAGUCGAAUGAGCCUUGUCCAUUCUAUGAGCAGAAUGGUAUCUGCUAUAUGGGUGCGGCCUGUCCAUAUAAACAUGGGCAAGGUCCUGUUACCGUUCCUUCUGGUAAUGAUGAGUAUGAUCCUGCAAAUGCUACCAUCUUCGAGGCACAAGGUGGCUCGAGGGGAUCAGACCGAGGACGUGGCCGAGGACGAGGUCGCGGAGAUCGUGGUGGUUUCUCGUCAAGAGGCCGAGGUGGCCGUUCAGAAUUUGCGCACGUCGGACCUAGUGACGACAAAACGAACACCACCGUUGUUGUCGAAAACAUCCCCGACGAUAAAUACCAGGAGCAAGUGAUUCGAGAUUACUUCUCAGAGUUUGGUAAUAUCGCCGAAAUCAAUAUGCAAGGGUUCAAGAAAAGUCUGGCAGUCAUCAAGUUUGAGGAUCACGAUGCGGCUCGCCGUGCAUGGUCAAGCCCUAAGGCUAUCUUCGACAACCGAUUUGUGAAGGUAUACUGGCACAAGUUUCAGAACAAACCUGAUUCGAACGGUCAAGCAGCCGGAGCGGAACAGGACACGCCAAUGUUUGAUAGAGAAGAAUUCGAGAAGCAACAAGCCGAGGCUCAGAGGUUACACGAAGAGAGAAUGAAAAAGCGCAAGGAGGCAGAAGAAGCUCGGCUUGCGCUUGAAAAACAACGCGAGGAGCUCAUGAAGAAACAACAAGAGGAGAAGGCCAAAUUACUCAAACGGCUUGGAGAUGCGUCGGCGGCAACAGGCGAGGCUGGUCAAGGAGAAAAUGGUUCUACCGCAGCUGGCGACGAGAACGCCAGCGAGCAGACUAAAGCCCUGCGAGCACAACUCGCAGCACUGGAGGCCGAGGCUAAGAGUCUAGGGAUCGAUCCGGAGAGUGGCGCCCAGUCAUUUAGAGGACGCGGACGAGGAUUUGGUGGUUAUCGUGGACGAGGACGUGGUUUCGAUCCUUCAUUCCGUGGUUCAUAUAGAGGUUCUUUCCGUGGACGUGGUGCUCCUCGCGGCGCUGGACGUGGUGGAGUAUUACGUCUAGAUAACCGACCCAAACGAGUCGCCAUUUCUGGUGUUGACCUUGGCACUGAAAAGGAUGAGGCUUUACGACAGUAUCUCAUUGGCGUUGGUGAAUAUGAAUCCAUUGAGCCCAGCCCCGAUCAGCCUAAUUCUCUAGUCGUCACAUUCAAAGAACGCUACCUCGCAGAAAAGCUCAUGUUCGGCCCGUCAGAGAUCCCAUCUGUUGGCAAAGUUGAGCUUUCAUGGGUCCCGAAUCCUCCUAUUUCGACUCCUGCUAGUUCCGGCGCAUUUACCGCUGCAGGAAAUAAGGGCGAAGAUACUGCGAUGGAAAAUUCCGGAGGUACCAAUGGCCAUGAGAACAUGGGUGAGGUCGACUAUGAUGUUGCUGACGAUGAGGAUAGCUGGGGCAUUGGAUUGUAA